UGAGCAGCUGCUUCCCGUCAAAUGUCAAUGGACCCUUCUCUCUCUUGCUUCCGCAUUUCUUUGUUUUCCUUCGUUUCCAUACCUACCGCUACCAGUCACCAAUUAAUCGUGUACAAACUGGGUUUCCACAUUUGUCUGAUGAAUUUGCCAAAUGUUUCAAAUAUAUGGCAUGCCAGUCAACCAUUGAGGUUUGGUUCUGAGUUCUGAGGCACAAACAGUCUCCUCCUUCAUGAUGGGAAACUGCUGCAGAAAAUCUGCUAAGUGUGCUCAUGCUUCUUCCAUCAACUUCUCUGGAAGUACAAAGUCUAAUGCCAAGGGACAGCUGGAGACAACCUCCUCCAUCCAAGAAACACCAUCAGGAGGUUUGAACAAAGCUUUAAUAGUACCCAAGGCUGAUACAUCUGUCCCUAGCAGCCUCAAGUCCUUCAGUUUCAGUGAUCUCAAGAAUGCUACUAAGAACUUCCGGUCAGAGAGUCUGCUCGGAGAGGGAGGGUUUGGAUGGGUUUUCAAAGGAUGGAUUGAUGCAAACACCUUUGCUCCCACUAAACCUGGAACAGGGUUAGUGGUGGCUAUCAAGAGACUCAAGCGAGAAAGCUUUCAAGGCCACAAGGAGUGGCUCGCAGAAGUUAACUAUCUUGGUCAGCUUCACCAUGAAAAUCUUGUGAAACUCAUAGGGUAUUGCUCAGAAUCUGACAAUAGACUUCUAGUUUAUGAGUUCAUGCCUAAGGGAAGCUUGGAGAAUCAUUUGUUUAGAAAAGGUGUUCAACCCAUCAGUUGGGCUGUGCGGAUGAAUAUUGCAAUUGAUGUGGCAAGGGGGCUGUCCUUCCUACAUAGUUUAGAUGCUAAUGUUAUCUAUCGUGACUUGAAAGCUUCAAACAUUCUACUUGAUUCGGAUUUCAAUGCUAGGCUUUCGGAUUUUGGGUUAGCAAGAGAUGGUCCUACUGGAGACAACACUCAUGUUUCAACCAGGGUGGUCGGAACUCGAGGCUAUGCUGCACCAGAAUAUGUUGCUACAGGUCACUUGACACCAAAGAGUGAUGUGUAUAGCUUCGGGGUAGUGUUGUUAGAGCUACUAACAGGAAGACGAGCAAUGGAUGAUGAGAGGGCUGGGAGUGUUGAGGAAACAUUGGUGGAUUGGGCAAAGCCAUUCUUAAGUGAUACAAAACGAGUCUUAAGAAUCAUGGACACAAGGUUGGGAGGUCAAUACCCCAAGAAAGCAGCACAAACUGCAGCUGAACUUACUUUACAGUGCCUCCAUACAGACCCAAAGUACAGGCCACUCAUGAUUGAUGUUCUAGCCACAUUGGAACGCCUCCACACAAAGAACACAUUGCGAACUCAACCACAUAAACCAGAGCAUCAUGGGGCCAAGCAUUUGAACCAUCCUCACAGGAUAACAAAUUCAAACACAAAAUUGGAAUGAGUUUUAUUUUCCUCAUUUGCAGAAGCAACUUUCUUACAAAUAUAUAUAUGUAGCACAAAUGUGCUUUCUAGGGAUUUGGUAUACGAAAAGAUGAUGACACAUUAUAGUUAUACUUGUUUUGUGAGUAGUGAGAUUGUAUAUUAUACUUGUUUCUGAUAGAUUGAUGAAUCUAUGAAUAUAAAGUUUCCACUUUUCCUUUCCCCUGAAGUGAACA